AUGUUUACCGUUCUUCAUACAAAUCAAAAAUUAGGAUUACUUUGUUCUGUUCUUGAGCAUGGAAAUUUGGAAUUGGCAAAACCAUUAUUUGAGCGUUUACCUGAAAUAUAUCCCUUUGGGGUAUCUCGAAGAAUUGCAAUGGCAGUUUCUAAUAUUAUUGGAUAUAAAAUUGAACCAUUUUACAGAGAAAAAUAUUCACAUUAUCGAGACAAUUCUUCUUUUCGAAUGAAAGAAAGUUGGGAACGUUUUACUUGUCUGCCUCAAAUUACUAAAGAUUGGAAUUCUUUAUUCAACGAUGCGUGCACUAUCGCCUUCCAAUUAGGCCCAUAUAUUGGUGCAAGACAUGAAGUUUCUAUUAAACUUAUUCGUUUGCUUAAUCUUUUCUACGAUGACGUUGAAGCACAAAGUUUACCUGAACGCGAAAAUUUUCUAAACAUUAUUGUGGAUUUGUGUGAUUCUGUACUUGUACCUGCUGCUUCUCUUCUUGACUCUAAUUUUGUUUAUUGUGAGGAACUUUGGCAAAUUUUGGGUCGUCUUCCUUACCAAGAAAGAUAUCGAAUUUAUCAUCGUUGGCGUACAAUACAUACUCAACGUUGUUGGGAAUUAAGUCUUCAAAGAGGAAAGGUUUUGGGAAUGACAAGAUAUAUAAUGAAGCGAUUGAGUAAAGAUACUGCUAAAGUAAUGGGUAGACAAUUGGGAAAAUUAUGCCAUUCAUAUCCAACAAUUCCUUUGGAUUAUUUACUUGGAAAAGUACAAGAAUUCCAAAAUUUUAUUGGUCCAGUUGUUGAUUCUAUUCGUUUUCUUUCUUCGCUCGAAUUUGACGUUCUUGCAUAUUGCCUCAUCGAAAAUUUGGCAGCGCCAGAAAAACAAGAUUUUAAAGUUUUGGAUAUUUCCUACUCCCCAUGGCUUCAAUCUUUGGCAAGCUUUUCAGCUGCAAUUUUUAAGCGUUACAAUAUUGACCUUGGAGGCAUUCUUCAAUAUAUAACUAAUCAAUUAAAGGAUGCUAAAAAUUUGGAUUUAAUUGUAUUACGUGAAAUUGUCACAAGCAUUUCUGGAAUUGAAUCAGCUUCUGAUUUGACACAAGAACAUUUGGAUUCACUAUGUGGGGGAGAUAUACUUCGAAGCGAAGCAAGCUCUCUCCAAAUGAAUAAAUUAAAUCGUCGUUCAAUAAAUCGUCUUCGUGAUGCUUUGUUAAAAGAUGGAUUAUUUGAAUCACUUUGCAUUCUUAUUGGACAACAAAGGCAAUUUAUUGUGUUUCGUGAUUCUGCUGAAUAUCCAUUGAAAUUGGCUACACAAAUGCUUGAUCAGUGCCAGGAAACUUUCGUUCAAUUUUUCCACUUUCUUCGCACAAAUCUAAAACCAGAGCAAUAUUCUAAACGACUACCUUCAGCUCUAGAGCUUUUAACAGAUUAUCAUCUUUCUGUUGAUGCAAUGUUUUGUCUGAUGCGCCCUGUUUAUAUGAAUGAAAUUGGGACAUCUUAUGAAUCAGCUAAACAAAAAUAUAAAGAAGAACACGAGGAUAUAACAUCGUUAGACAACGCUCAAAAAUCUCUCAUUUACAGAGAAAUAUUUAUUAAUCGUUUGGAUACGUUAAGUGAGGAAUUGGCUAAAGCAUUUCCUCAAACAAUGUGGCAGGAUAUUACCUAUAGAUUGCACACAAUUUUCUGGCUUCUCUCAGUGAAUGACUUAAUUGUUCCCGAAGCAGCAUAUGAACGAAAUAUUGAGAAAAUUCAUAAAGAAUUAAAAGAACUACAUCAAGUCAGUAGUGAUUCUGGGCUAUUAGGAAUUCGUGGAGGAGCAGCUACACUUAGACGGACAGCCAAAGAAGAAGAGAGGCUUAAAUCAUUGGAGCUUAAAUUGAAUGAGGAAAAGAAAAGACAAUUAGAACACAAAGCCAGAAUUUUGGAUAUUCUAUCAGAUGAGGAUAUCAAAAAGAAUUUCUUUGCAAAAUCUUUGCCAAACAAAUCGAGCCAAACACUUCGUUUUCUUCAAAGUUGUAUAUUUCCACGUGUUAUUUGUUCUGAAGUUGAUGCUGUUUAUUGUGCCGAGCUAGUGCGGGCGUUACACAUUACAAAAACAAAUGAUUUCCAGACAAUCGUUCUUUUUGACAAAAUAUUCACAGACGUUUCUCCAAUUCUUGGUGGUUUUUCUGAACGUGAAACUGUUUGUUUUGGCCGUUUUUGUUGUAUUUUAUUGGAAUUAAUACUUCAUUGGCAUUCAAGCAAAAAUGUUUUCCAAGAAGAGUGUGAGGGCUUUCCUGGCUGUGUUACAAAAAUUAGAAAAAAAGAUAUGGAUGAUAAAGCUGCGGCAGAUGCUUUUACUUAUGAAUUUUAUCGUUCUAUUUGUUACAAGUGGAUGAUUAGAUUAACAAAGUCUCUUUCCUUUAUGUUGCAACAAACAAAUUAUAUUCUGAUUAGAAAUUCUCUUACCUUCAUGUUGAUGAUAUUGCCAACAUAUCCAUUAUUAACUCAAUUAGACGCAAAUAUACAAAAAAACGUCGCUGCGUGUCGGGAUAGAGAAAAAACCAACCGUCAAGAUUUAAAUUUAUUAUGUACCAGUUUUCUUAUAAAUUUAAAAAAACGAAAUGAAGGAUUUAAAAAUGGUGGAAGUAGAAGGCUGUAUGAGAUUAAUGAAUUCUGUAGUGUGAAGGCUACUAAAUCAAGCUCUUCUACAAACGGAACAACCCGAAAACAGCCAGUAACAGCACAUAAUUCUGAAGUUAAAGAAGAGUUAAGAGAUGAAUCAGCAAAUUCCUCUCCCACACCACCAACCUCUUCAAAACGUGAUACUUCACAACCAACACCUGCCAAACGUAGCCGUCCAUUAAUUAGAAGUAAAUUAAAAUUUUCUAAUUUUUUAAUUACGCAAUGUGAUUGUGUACUAAUUUUUACUAGUAUUUUCUAG